AAAUAUCACUCUUUCUCUCUUUCUCUUUCUCUCUCUUUCACUCUCUCUUUCUCUAUCCUUUUCUCUUUUUCCAAUAUGAUAUUUCGUAUGUCUGCAUUUUUGUGGUUGCACCAGAAGCCAUUGUAAUUAAACGAGCAAACGAACGAGCGAGUCGAUAAAAUUGCACACUCAUGGUGAUAUAAAUUGAAAGCUAAAGCAGAACCUAAAAAAACAUGUUAUACGUAUAUAAAAAUAUUAAAAAAGCUAUUAAACUAAACAUUAAAUUGUCACAUGUGACAAGUUGAUUGCGCGUCUAUGAGUAUCAGAUAUCAGUAAUUUUACGAAAGUUACGUAACUCAACUAAAAUAUCUGCAAAACACUCGCGACCGACACGCUACGCGUGCACUACAACACGACGUAAAGCUGUUUUUCCUCCAUUCAGCCGGCGCGCAUUUGUCAACGUGUGAUCUUUGGCGUUGAAUUAAUGCAUGUUCUUUGAAACCGCGCGCGCCAUCUUCGAUUCGACACGCGCGGUUUUCUUCGCGCUGCUUCGCACUAAGCGUGAUGGAUUAACGGCCGGCAAAUCAGGGAUGAAAAAAUCUCCUGACAGUUGGCGAACACGUGCGCGAUAAUCGAUUCUGCAGGAAGCACCCAAGUGAAUCUUCUUAGAGGAGCGGAGCCCAGAACUGUGUUCUCCGUGCGGAAAACUUGGUUAUUUCACGAUAAAGAAACCCGCUCGAGUAUAUUCUGCACGAGUUCUGAGAAACAUUUUUUUUUUUCAUUUUUAAGAAUGGAACUAAUGAUGUCACGUAGUGAGGUGAAUGAUGUUUGUACAGUUUGUGAGUGAUGGAUCUGUUCAGAGAGAUUAUUAGUAGGGUUAAUAAAUCCUUGACGAUAAAUCAGGGAUUCCAGGACUUAAGAAGUCAACGUUGUACGAGGAACCUUUCCAGAGUAGCUAAUUUGCCGUGCUGGUGACACACGCCGCCGGGGUACCAGAGAUGUGCGAUUUUCUGUCGUCACAGCAGCACGGGAUGGAUAAUAUAAUAUCAACGAUAGGAUCUGCAGCUGAAUAAGAGGACUCUGAAGACUUCCCUGUUCGAUAUCUCGUUUAAACGAACGGAUACCUAACACUACGUGGCACUUGGUCCGGGAAAACAACAGCCUGCUUUGAGUACCGUGUACCACCUAGGCGAGAAUAUCGGAGCCAUCACGAGACCAAGAUCGAUCUUGAAGAGUGGUAGGAUCGUUUGCCGAGGAUGUCUCGCGUGACCAAGUGCGAGCCUGCCGAAGAAAGUUGCGAAGCUGCACGAGGAGGCAAUCAGCUGAUCGAUCUUCGGCGCGUGAUCGAUAGUUGCGACGUGAUCAUGUGGAUCGACGUGCGAGUGCACCUUAAACGAGGAUUAAGUAAAUUAUCAAGCGAGACAAUCUUUUAUCUCUAAGAGAGGAGAAAGAUAAGGAGCAGAACGUAAAAGGAAGAAAGAACAAGAGAAGGAAGUAGGUGCGUGGGGAAUUGUUACUUUUAAUGAAGAAGUGUUUAAAGGAAUGAUCGAUCUGCAGAAUCCCGUUGUAAUUGACCGUUGGGAAGCGAUCGAUCAUGUCAGUCUAGCCGUGUAAGAAUUAAAUAAACGUGGGAAGAUUUUUGCACUUGAAAAGAACCUGCGAAGAGGAAAGAGAUGAGAAAGAUCUCAACGAUAAAUGCGAAAGCAUAAAGGAAUCAUUCAUUCGUCUAAUCUCUUGUCCGCGAUCGAUAUCUUUAGUGAUCGACAAUUUCCCACGCAAUGAUCCUGAUAUCCACGAAGAAAAACAAGUUUACGAGAAGAAAAAGAAGAUAUUUAUAAUUAACUAGAAUAUAAAAUAUUAAAAGAAAUAAUUUAAAUAUAAAAUUCUGAAAAGUUAUUGAAUUACUUGUGAACAAGAUAUGUGAACGAAGCAAUUAUCAGUACGUUGUUUGAAUGAAAAUCAUACAAUCGAUUUGCUUGAACUCGACUAUAUAAUCGCUAGAGUAGACAGCUAUAAAGAGAUUAUUAGCUUAUUGGGGUGGACACUCGCAAUAAUUUAUACAAAAAGAAACUAUGUGUAAGAGCUAAUCCUAUCUGGUAGUGAGCUAAUCGGUUUGUUCGUUUCUGCUCGUAUAAUCGAUAUUAGCUCGCUGUAUCGAUAUCACGCAUGUUCAACGAGGAUUAAAUGAAUUACUGUGGAAUGAAGUAUUGAAUGUGCGGACGCGCAAUAAUUUAUGUAACAGCAGUCUCGCAUAAACUGUCGUUUUGUGGAGCAAUCACUAUCCUGAACGAAGAUUACAGUUAACACGUACACACACGAGGAAGAUUUAAAUCGUUUAAAGCGAGAAUGAAGUAAAUCAUCAAUCAAUCGAAAAUAAGUCGCCGCCUUUUUUCUUCAAGAGCAACUUCUUGAAAUACAAUUUGACUAGUUGGUCCUGUUCAUAUUACUCUCAAUCUAAUAUUUUCAUAGAGCAGGAUUCCUUCAUGGAGAACGAGUAAAUUCAUCGUCGAAGAGAUCAAUUUACAAAAGGCAUAUUUACAUACAUAAUAGUAAUAUUUUACUGUACUCUGUGAAAAUCCAUAAUAAGAAUUGCAAUCGAAGAAUAUAAUGGCAAAAGACUCGUCAAGAAUAUACCAUAUCCUUUCAUCAAGUAUCGAGAUAUAAAGUAGAAAAGCAUAGAUUUCAUACAAAAAAAGACCAAGUGAACAAAUCGAUUACAAAAUUGAAGCGCAAGAACAAAUGAACUCUCACCCGUGAUAAUCACAGGAGGAAGAAGACCGACAGAUCCCGAGGAAACGUUCGAGCUUCUUACGGGGUUAAUAUGUGCUUGGGACGAGUCGGAAGUCGUCGGGGUAGCGACACUUCCGGCGGCAGGAGCAACAAGAAAGACUGCAUCAUCAUCAUUCGAGGUCCUUCUAACCGGGGAGGCGCACCCGCGAAGAUGGGUAUGCUGCUGCCCGACGAAACCUACGAGGCGAGAUCCACCAACGUCCUGAUCGCGGACGUGGACGAAAUCGAGGCUGCCAAAGCGUUAGCGGCGCUUCGCAGGUGCGACGAGUUCCUCAAGAGGCACGGCAUCCGGCCCGAGUUCUUCUGUAGGCAUCGAGAGCGUCUAGCUCUUCAAGCGUGGCUGCUGAAGAAGUCCAACCUCUAUUCUGAUGCUUCCUCAUCGAACGAAGCGGUGCACCUACAGCAACGCCUACGGAGCCUCAGCACGGAACUGGUGACCCUAAGGAACCGGCUGCACGUGAGCCAACCGGCAAAUGCAUCAGGACCGGCGAGCGGUACCUCCGGGCCCCUGUCAAAGAGCCCGGAAAAAAGCGGCGCGCCCUCCUCGCCCGCACCGGCCGUACCACCGAGGACCACCCUGCCUCCCAGUGGCGGUGUAUCUCAUGGGAUCGGUCAUCCCGCGGGUCACACGCUAACAGCUUCCGCAAUUGUUCAUCCGCACGUCAAUCACGCCGGCGCAAAUACGCUCGGUCACAACUCGACCGCAACAAAUAAUUUAAUAUCUGAUCUAGAUCCUUCGAAACGGCACAACGGAGUACCUGACGAUGGGAUAGUAUCGUGCGUGACGGCGUUAGGUUGCCUCCGAUCGCCGCCGAUUUCCAGCAUCAUCGCCGACGUGAAGAACGCGAAAAGCAAUCAAGGCCAACACAGAUGCCUCCCGAAAGCCACCGCACCUUCCUCCGGCCCUGCGACCUCCACGGCCUUGGACGACCUCAUUCAUCUACCCGGACCUCUCACAGAAGACGCGGUGCUCAAGUGCCUUCAAGCUCGCUUCUGCGCCAAACAGUACCAUACGAAUGUAGGUCCCAUACUGGUUUGCGUAAAUCCAUACACGGACGUUGGGAAUCCAUUGACCUUAACGAGCACCAGGACAGUGCCAUUGACACCCCAGCUGAACAAGGUCGUUCAGGAAGCUGUGAGGCAGCAAUCGGAGACCGGAUAUCCGCAAGCAAUCAUCCUUUCCGGGACAAGCGGUUCCGGAAAAACGUACGCUUCAAUGCUGUUACUUAGGCAACUCUUCGACGUCGCCGGCGGCGGACCGGAAACGGACGCUUUCAAACAUCUAGCGGCAGCCUUCACGGUUCUCAGAUCCUUGGGCUCAGCGAAAACCGCCACGAACUCCGAGAGCUCAAGGAUAGGUCACUUCAUCGAAGUUCAAGUGACGGAUGGUGCUUUGUACAGGACGAAAAUUCAUUGUUACUUCUUAGACCAAACGAGAGUGAUUAGACCAUUGUCAGACGAAAAAAACUAUCACAUAUUUUAUCAGAUGUUAGCUGGAUUAUCUCACGAUGAGCGAGUUAAAUUGAAUCUAGAGGGAUACAAUCUCAAAAAUUUGAGGUAUCUCCAGCAUGGCGAUACGCGGCAGGACGAAACUGAGGAUGCUAUUCGGUUUCAGGCUUGGAAAGCUUGUUUAGGCGUUCUCGGAAUUCCGUUUUUGGACGUCGUAAGGGUGCUGGCGGCGGUACUCAUCCUCGGGAACGUCGGUUUCACAGACGGCCCAGGCGUGGAAGUGGGUGUGAUUGGUGAGAACGAGUUAUCCUCCGUAGCUGCACUCCUGGGAGUUCCUCCGCCAGCUUUGUUACGAGGACUCACUUCGAGGACUCACAACGCACGUGGUCAACUUGUUAAAUCUGUCUGCGACGCCAACAUGUCUAACAUGACCAGGGAUUCGCUGGCAAAAGCACUCUAUUGCCGUACCGUAGCCACGAUAGUGAGACGAGCUAACAGCUUGAAGAGACUCGGCUCCACUCUCGGCACUCUCUCGUCGGAUUCCAACGAAUCUGUCCAUAAUCAAGCGGAAGUUACUAGCCAACACGCCUCUACCAUUGGUAGUUCAGCGGGAGGAACAGGAUCUAGGAGUAUGACCGCAUUGAAUAACGCCGUGCGACAUGCCACGGACGGUUUCAUCGGCAUCCUGGACAUGUUUGGAUUCGAGGACCCUAAACCGAGCCAGCUGGAGCACCUCUGCAUCAAUCUCUGUGCGGAGACGAUGCAGCACUUCUAUAAUACUCACAUAUUCAAAAGCUCCAUCGAGAGUUGCCGUGACGAAGGUAUCCCGUGCGACGUCGAAGUUGACUACGUCGACAACGUGCCAUGCAUUGAUCUCAUUUCUUCUUUGCGCACCGGGUUGUUAAGUAUGUUAGAUGUGGAAGGUUCUAUACACGGGACCGCCGAGAGUUAUGUCGCCAAAGUAAAGGUGCAGCACAAGCAGAAUCCCCGGCUGUUCGAGCCAAGAACAGUCGACUGCAGAUCCUUCGGCAUUCAGCACUUCGCAGGAAGAGUCACUUACGACGCUUCGGACUUCCUGGACACAAAUAAGGAUGUUGUCCCCGACGAUUUAGUGGCGGUCUUUUACAAACACGCUUGCAGUUUCGGCUUUGCAACACAUUUGUUUGGUAGUGAGCUGAAAGCGUUAUAUGCGAGUGACACUGUCCCGAGGGGCGUCAGUUUUCGGAUAUCACCAACUUCGCACACCGAUCUUACAAACGGGGACGUGCCGAUAUCGACGUUGACGCAAGAUUUUCACACGAGAUUAGAUAAUCUCCUGAGGACUUUGGUCCACGCUAGACCGCACUUUGUUCGAUGUAUCAGAAGCAAUGGCACCGAAACACCGAUGCACCUUGACAGAGGGGUUACAAUGCGCCAGAUACGCUCGCUGCAGGUCUUGGAGACGGUGAAUCUCAUGGCGGGAGGAUACCCGCACAGGAUGCGAUUUAAAGCCUUCAACGCGAGGUAUAGGCUAAUCGCGCCCUUCAAGCAGCUGCGCCGCGCUGAGGAACAGGCUGUCGAGGACACGAAAUUGAUUUUGCAGAACGCGCAGCAGCUGAAGAGCAAAUUCGGUGCCAGCACUAGCUGGGCCCUCGGUAAGCGUCACAUUUUCCUCAGCGAAGGUAUCAGGCAGCAGCUCGAAAAUCUACGGGCGGAGACACGAAGAAAAGCCGCCAUAAUUAUACAGGCUACGUGGAGAGGUUGGCGAGUGCGGAGAGGAUGGCCUUUGAGAAGGACGACUCUAGGAGUGACUUCCGGCAUUGGUCAAAAGAAACCUCAACAACCAACUACCGGCAACACCGGAACCGUUCAGAGAAAUGUCGCUGCCGGCACGGUAACCGGAACUAGCACUCGUCCAAGACCACAGCCAAUCGCUGGCACACCACCUCCCGAUCCUUCGGAGAAAUGCGCAGACCAAAAAAUGAUUCAGCAGACCUGUUCUCUUUUUGGACUCGACCUGGAGCGGCCGCCACCUGUUCCUCCUAGCAGAUCUUAUACCGUGACCGGAAACACAAAGCUUGGUUACCCACAAACCAGAAUUAUGAAAAUGCCUUUCCCAGAAGGCGAAGGCGAGGUGGUCCUUUUGAAAGGAGAAACAGUUUUAGUUGUAGGCGCGUCACCUAGGCGAGGCCAUCUUCUCGUAGAACACAACAACAGUACAUUGCAUGUGCCGUAUCAAUUCAUGGAAUUGAAACCUUGUAACAUUAAUGUGUAAUAAUACUGUAGUAAUAUUUAUUCGGCUCCAUACUUUUUUAAGAAAACAGAUUGUAAUAUCGUUUUCUUUAUUUAAUUUUGAAAAAUUUGGAUAAAGGGAUUUCGAUGAAAACGUUGUACAGAAAAUAUUGUACGAGUAAACCAACUUUGUUGUUUCUGACAUAAGAAACACAAAUUUUAUCGUUUCUAAAAAUAGAAUUUUGCUAUUUCGCACUUAUAAAAUAAGUAAAAUUCUUGUGCGAUUUCUUUGCGCGAUUUCAAUCCUAAAAUACUUAAUUCUUUAUGCAUUAAUAUAAGUUUGAGACAAUGUACGAAAUAAUUCGGAUGUUUCUUCACAUAUAGCUGAUCCAUUCCGAAAUAGACAAAAGUCAAGAAAUCAUUGGCAAAUCAUAUCAAUUCGCAUUAUUAGUUUAUUCUGCGAGAGAGCAAUUUCGAAAUUUUUUCUCAGAAGAGAGAUAAGUUUGCUCCGCGCGGGGAGUUGAUGAAACAACAAAGUUAGGCUCUUUCUGGAGCAGUCUGUAGAACUCGGCGGCACUGUACUCUUUCCGCACGAAGUUGCUUGGUCUCGAUCAUCUCUGUGUCGUCUCCCGUCAGCCAAUUAAUUGCCAUAAGACCGUCUCGGAGCACGCUGGCAAAAGUUAGGGUAGGUGAUUAGUAUUAAGAGAGCGCCGGCGGCAUCACUCGCGGUAGAGUCAGCUCUAAAGGACAGUGAACUUCGUCCUCUAAUUAAUUACACCUCCCGUUAAGCGAGCUUAACGCGGAAGUCACCGCAGCCGUGCUUAUCGCUCGUUUCAGACACGGCAUACUGACUCACCCUAAGCUACGUUCGUCUUCCAUGUAGAUAAGAUACCUGCAAAGAAGUGUAGGGUGCCCGAUAAGAAGAAUGUAAAUCAAAAAUUCGACAAUGAUAGGUUAAAGUCAAAUGAAAUGGUCAACGUUUUUCAGUUUGACCGCAAUAUGAAUUAUGAAUAAUGUAUAUAGGUUUCUCAGUAAAUGAAUUUAUUUGACGAUAAGUUGACGUUCCUGAUCAAUUGUGUUUUUACAUGAAUAAAUAAUCAAUUUCUAAAUUUUCUCUUGAUAUAGAUUAAUAAUUUUGAUAUAGAUUAACUGACCUUUUCAGUGACAUUUAUGACAUGACAAUGUCAAAUUGUCGAUUUAACACAAUUAUCGAUAAGUCAACUCAACAUCUACCCAAUAUUCAUUUUGUUUUCAUUUAUUUUCAUAAAAUUUAUUAUUUUUAUUUGUUUUCAUUCAUUUUCAUAAAAGCGUAUGUUAAAUAUGAGCUUAACUUUGACUUAUAUUCCUUUUAUCAUGCAUUCGGAAGUGUUUCCGAAAAUAAAGGAUAUCGAGAUGUGUAGCAGGUUACAGGUUACAUGUGUAAUUUACGUUAUAUAGAAUAGUGUGACGCACAGUAUGGUAGAACACAUGGUAUUACUAUAAUACUUUUUACCAACAGUAUUCGCUCGCGUUCAUCUUGAAUUCUUAGUGCCAAUUAGAGAACGUUGCCACAAUAAUAUAUCUGUACUCUAUAAGAUUUAUGCUAGCUCAUAGAUAAUCAUAUAGUAGUGGUACUGGACGUCACUAUCAUCGUAGGGAAAUCUGCUUUGUAGAUAAACGGCACUCGUUCGCUCGUCGAUUCUAAGAAUCCAGGAAUCCGAAAGUAAAUCCAAAAUUUAUGUCGAAUACUUUAAUCUAGAUCUCUCGAGAAGCGCGCGAGAGCUGUAUAUACGUGAAGGUCCAACCGCGUGAAGCGUGGUUCCAGAUACCAGAGCAAUAUAAUGCAUAUAUAUACAUAUAUAUGACAACUGUAAGCGUCGAAAAAAUGUAAGGAUCAAGUAUACAUACCUUUGACAAAA